AUGACAACGUCGUCGAGUAUUCUGCCGUCGUAUCAGCGGUUCGUGAACGGUGUACCGGUGCCCCUGUUCUCGAGACGAUCGUUCCGUCCGCGUGAGAAGUAUCUGAUCCUGCUUGUGUUUUUGACGUUCGGUGUCGUGUGUUUCGGUGCGUUCUUCUUUUUGCCGGAUUUCCGUGCGGGUACCGGCGGCGUGGCAGUGAACAGUGUCUAUCGUGUUUACCAGCACAUGCAAAAAGCGGGACCGGAGUUGCUUAUACCGGCGCCACCUCGUUUACAGGGGGGCCUAAAGGGGUCCAUGGGUCAUCCGAAUGCCGUGCCACCUGGACACGAGGGCAUUGAUCAUCAGGAUGUGCAUCUUCUCGAAGACAAGCAAAAGCUGCAGGCGAAAAUCGACGAGGAGUAUCAGCAACAGAAGACAUUGGAGAAACCGGAAGUGAAUAGUGAUUCGCGUGUGCGUGUGAGUAGUUCAUCCUCGUUAGUGUUCCAUCGGAAGGACGAGAUUCUGGAGACUGUGCCCCCAGCGCCUGCGGAUAAACUUCCUUUAACCGUUGGUGGAGAGGACAACGAUCCUGUUGCCAGGGAGCGGAGGGACAAGGUGAAAGAGGUAAGUCUUCUCUUCCAUUCAGUUUGA